CCGAGGAGACGCCGAGGGGAGACGGAUAUAAAAAGCAGGAUCAGCCGUGCGGUUAGGAUCAUCGGAGCCCGGCGUCGGGGAUUGGGGAGUCGGCGAGCCUGCGAACCCGGAGCGGGGAAAUAGGCGGUGGAUGAGGGCACGAAGGGAAAGAAAUCAGAGAUAACUGCGAUCACUGUCAUUUUUGGAGCUGCAGGGCAGUCAGGGGUGAACCUUCGCUUUGAGAAUGAAGCCGCCGUUCUGCCGUCUGUUGGUGCUCAGCUGCCUGCUGUAUACAUCCUCCGCUAACGAUUUCUUCACAUCGAUCGGUCACAUGACUGAUCUGCUCUACACAGAGAAGGACCUGGUCACCGCCUUGAAGGAUUACAUUCUGGCAGAGGAGAGCAAACUUGAGCAGGUCAAACGUUGGGCAAUGAAGCUUGAGAGCUUGACAGCCACUGCCACCCAGGACCCCGAGGGCUUCCUGGGCCAUCCCGUCAAUGCCUUCAAGCUGAUGAAGAGACUCAACACCGAGUGGGGCGAGCUGGAGAACCUGGUGCUCAGGGACAUGUCAGAUGGGUUUAUCUCCAACCUGACCAUCCAGAGGCAGCACUUCCCCAAUGACGAGGACGAGAUAGGAGCAGCCAAGGCCUUGUUGAGGCUACAAGACACCUACCAUCUGGAAACAGAGACUAUAUCCCGUGGGAACCUGCCUGGUGUGACAUGCAAGGCCACCCUCACAGUGGAAGACUGCUUCGACCUAGGCAAGGUUGCUUACUCAGAAGCAGACUACUACCACACUGAACUGUGGAUGCUUCAGGCCCUAAAGCAGCUGGACCAGGGAGAGGAGUCUCCUAUUGACAAGGUCUCAGUGCUGGACUACCUCAGCUACUCAGUAUACCAGCAGGGGGACCUUGAGAAAGCCUUGGAGCUCACCAAGAGGCUUCUGGAGCUGGAUCAAGAGCACCAGCGAGCCAAUGGCAACCUAAAGUACUUUGAGUACCAGUUGGCGAAGCAACGGAAGGCUGAGGCAGAGUCGGGAGUGAAGAAGAACAGCAGCGGCCGGGUAAAGAGGAGGCAGGCCGUGGAUCACCUGCCAGAGAGACACAAAUACGAGGAGCUGUGCCGGGGAGAAGGAAUCAAGCUGACGCCUCGCAGGCAAAGCCGCCUAUUCUGCCGCUAUUUCGACAACGGCCAGCACCCAUGGUACCUGCUAGGCCCCGUCAAGCAGGAGGACGAAUGGGACCGCCCACGCAUUGUCCGCUACCACGACAUCAUCUCCGACGGCGAGAUCGAGAAGGUCAAGGAGCUGGCCAAGCCCAGGCUAAGGCGCGCCACCGUGCAUGAUCCCCAAACUGGGAAACUCACCACGGCCCAGUACAGAGUCUCCAAGAGUGCUUGGCUGGCUGCGCAUGAGCACCCCGUGGUGGAUAAGAUCAACCAGCGCAUCGAGGAUCUCACCGGCCUGGACGUCAAGACGGCGGAGGAGCUCCAGGUGGCGAACUACGGAAUGGGGGGGCAGUAUGAGCCGCACUUCGAUUUCGGACGGAAAGAUGAACCAGAUGCCUUCAAGGAGUUGGGCACCGGGAACCGGAUCGCGACCUGGCUCUUUUAUAUGAGCGACGUGAAGGCAGGGGGCGCCACAGUGUUCCCGGAAGUAGGCGCUGCAGUGUGGCCCAAAAAGGGCACCGCCGUCUUCUGGUACAACCUGUUCGCCAGCGGGGAGGGAGACUACAGCACGCGGCACGCCGCCUGCCCAGUCCUGGUGGGCAGUAAGUGGGUGUCUAACAAGUGGAUCCACGAGCGAGGUCAGGAGUUCAGGCGACCAUGUGGCCUCGAUGAGGCAGACUGAUGCCACAAGCCCCCAGGACUCCUUUGCCCUCAACCAUACAGAUAUCGAGCUGUGAAGUGCACAUUUCUGCCAGCACACCUCCACACACCCCUCACAGGUCUGUGACGCACCUCCGUUCCUAAAUCGCGCUGCGGGGGUGGUUUUCACGCCUGCCAUCUGUGUCGACGUCUGUCCCUCAUCAUGUCCGAGCUCCGUGGCACUGAGCUGGGAGCGCCAGCUCACCCACAUUUAGCACUGGACUCUAUUGGCAUUACUCAUGGGGUUUUCCCAGAAUCCCCUGCUUCACUCCAGCUCUCUUCUCAUCACUCCAUGUCUGCUCCCAUGGAUGGGAAGGAUUCUCUCUUCCCAUCCCCUCCCACCAUAACUUUGUGCAGCAUUUGUUUUGGUGACUCAUGUUACUGGAGCUUGAAGCCAGUUGGCUGUAGAGAAGCUGCUAGAAGGUCAGGCUUACUGACAACAAUUAUGAUGCAUGGUUGCUAUGACUAAGUGCUGUGUCAGGUUAUCUUCUGGAUCUUUCUGGAUUAGCCCCCAAACUGUUAAUCCUGUGUAUCCCCACCCUUGCACUACUGGUUAAUACUUUCUCACUGUGUCCAUUCACUCUGGGACAAAUGCUAGGCCUGCUACGUGGGAAAAUGCUGACAAUUUUAAAGCCACAUUUACAGAACACCCCUGCGUGAUCACUCCCUAUGGCCCAGGCCAGAAAAUAAUCCAAUGAACACUCAAGGCUGUUUCUCAUUGGCCAACCGGAUUUUGAGUUGGGAGGCCUUUCAGGGAAUGGCUCACCACUUAGGUUGUGAGAUCUCAAAACUGUGGAGAAUUUUAUAACAGGGAAGAGACAAAAGUACGACUGGAUGUUUUAAUGGAUGACUCCUCCACAUAUCCUGCAUUCACUCCAACCUUAUGGUACCCUGGGACUUCUAUGGAGAAAAGAAGGCAUUUACCUCCUCUGAAAGGUAGUCCUGUAAAAAGGUGUGGGGAUGUUUUGUACGAGUGAAACAAAUGUUUUCUACAGAAAUAAAUUUUAUGUCACUGAU